AUGGUCCGUUAUCACGAAAACCUAAGUGAUAUCGAUUGCAGAUAUCCUGGCUUGAAACAGCUUCUUGAGAAAGGAGGUUUAUCAAACAUUUCUUUUGCUGGUGCACCAAUUGACCAAACUCUUGAGCAUACCGUUAACAGAGAUUCGGCGAGUAGACUUACAGGAAUAUCGGCAAUGACGAACCAAGCUUCAGCGCACGUUCGAUGGAGACUAACCCGAAGUGUGAGAUCAGAGCUAGUUAUUGCCCUAAAAGAAAUGGCAGGGUUAAACUCAAAAGACGAUAUUUCCAAAGAACUGAAAAGUCUAGAAUUAUUUAUGAUAAUGCUGAUCUACAAAGUAUUUGUAAUAUAUUAG